UAGACCAUCCGCUCCAAAAUCUUUAUCAUUUUUCGAGGCUGGAUGUCGCGGAAUUCUGCAGACCGGAACCGACCACGAGAGAGUGGGUACGGAUGAGUUCCGCAGGGAGAUCGGCAAGAAAGAAACAAGUGGAGCGCAGGGACAGUGACACUGACGACGUGCAUUUGGUGGUAAAUGAAAGAAGACUGUCGUCAAGGACUCUGCAAGUGGGCGAGGCCGAGUUCCUGGCCAAAAGAUCAGCGACUCGAGAAGGAGGAUCACUUUCCCAAUUCGGAAAUAUGACAUUUUGACGCGAACGGAUAAAAACGAUGGCACCGAAAGCCAGGCCCAUUUUUUCCUCCCAAUUACCACCACCACCAUCAUCGUUCUCGUCGCUCGCUGUCCUCGAUGGCAUCCACUCGUUCAACUCCCUUCUCCAUCGACGAGUUUGCUUCGCUCGUCGAGAACGCCCUCGACCUCGACCACGAGCCAGAUGUCUCUAUUAGCGUCCCUACUACAGCUUGGUUCGACUCGCCGUCGCCGCGUAGGCCAGCGUCGUCGUCUACUGUCUUUUCAAAAUUCAAGCAGCUUGUCUCGCCGCCCCGUCAGCGCCUUCCUCAACCUGAACUCCCACAGGCUCCCGCCGUACCCAUUCCCACUGUCUCUUUAGUAGCAUCCAAGUCGUCCGAGUUUGUCCCUUACCUUCCCAUUCCAUCCCGACGGGAACUCGAAGCCCGUCAGGCAUGUAAAGAACGGCCUCUCAGCACCCCGCCUAGUUCACCUACUUCGUUAUCUACACCGACCGACACAGAAUCAGUUUGGAUGGAUAGCGAGCUAGGGAGCAUAAGAAGUGAGCCGUCGUCGACUAGCACAGGCGAUAUCGACGAUCCCUUCGCCAAAGGCUCCGUCCAAAUCAUCCACGUCCCUGCCUAUCCUGGAUACCAUACUCCCAAGAAAAAGCGUUCCCGCCCAACUCCGCUUUCUCUCGCCCCGCCCCGCCAUGCUCCACCUUCUUGCCCUCUUCCUAGCCCUCCCGCGACUCCCUCUCCUCGUAAACGUCACCCAUACGCGUCGGAUUGGACGCUCGACCUGCCUACCGCUCCACGGAGCAAAGUACCACCUCAUAACCCUCUCAACCCUCUCAGUCCACGCCGAGGGCUACAUAGGCGCACUGGUUCUCCCUUCCCUCUUACCCUCACCCUACAUGACACCCGACCUAUCAAAACCAAAACGCAUCUGACGCUGGAUCACAAUCCGUGUCGGUUGGUGUUGGGUGAGAAUGGGCUUCCAGUGUCUCCUCCGGGGACACCAGAGCGUUUCUCAGUUGAGUUUGAGACUCGUGAGGCUGAUUGGGUCGACAUGACGGACUCUGACUCUGAGUCGUCCCGAGAAGAAAGUGUUGAGACUCCCGUUCAGUCCUCUUUCUCGUCACGGAAUCAGGACGACGACGCUGAAUCCGUGACCUCAGCGUAUUACACCGCGCGGUCUAGUUUGUGCUCUCAGAUUUAAUUUGUCGGAUUAUUCUCUUUUUCUGCUUUCUCUGUAUCGCUUUACCGCAUCUAUCGCCUAACCCAGCUUUCCUGCCACUCCUUAAAUUUUCUGUGUACCUCAGACCCACAUCUUCGUUUUCCUGACCCGUGUAUCCCCGCCCGUUUCGUUAUUUUAUUGUUAAGAUAAUCCUAAAAGUUGUCUCUCAUUCGCGCUUUCUGGUUUUUGUUUACAUGUACCUGUAUUCCCCCAGCUAUUGCUCAUACCAGCUA